UACGGAAACAGGAACACUCGUUUCAAGAUUCCCCAGCAACGAAAGCAAUCACUGCCUCUCAUUGACGUGACGGGCUUAUUUCCGAGAAAGAUUCUGUGAUAUUACAGAAAAGUCUCGCCGCUAUGGCUAAGGCAGAAACCUCUGUCCCCCUUCUGGGCACAAGUGCUCCCAUAGAUCCUUCUCUGGCUUCCUUGUUCGCUACUAGUGCUGGUCCAGUCAAAGCUCCAGUAAUCCGCAAGCCAGCAGAGAACCGCGCUCCGGAAAAUCAACAAGAUGAUAACAGCGAAGAUGAGAUUUCCGAGGCGGAGGAUGAAGAAAUGGAAGAGGCCCCAGGAGCUGAAAGUGAAUCUGGAAGUGUGCCAGCGGUGAAAGCCUCCGAGAGUGCUAGUCGAAAGCGAAAGAGGGCGCCGGCAGAAGAAGUCGAGGACUCGUACAUGCGUCGCAUAGAAAAGGAGCAGCAGAAGGAGGAAUCUAAGCGUCUUGAAGAAAAGGCCAAGCGACAAAAGGUUGAAGAGGGUAAAAUCGAAGGCGACUCGGAUCAGACCGAUGAAAGCGACAGUCAAAGCGACACCGAAAACGAGAACGAGGAGACGGCGAUGUUGAAGCACGAAAGUCUCACUGGAGCCGCUGAGAACGCAGAGCUGGAUAAGUCCAACCGCACUGUGUUUCUUGGUAAUGUCUCGAAUGAGGCUAUCAAGUCCAAGUCUGCCAAGAAAAUUCUUCUCAAACACCUUGGAUCAUUCCUCGAGUCGCUUCCAGAGUCAACUGGACCUCACAAAGUGGAAUCAGUUCGCUUUCGCUCGACAGCUUUUGCCAGUGGUGCCAAGGUACCAAAGCGAGCUGCAUUUGCAAACAAGGAGGUUCUAGAUGAUACGACGCCAUGCACCAACGCCUAUGCUGUGUACUCAACGGUGCAGGCUGCACGAAAAGCACCGGCUGCAUUGAACGGUACAAUUGUUCUCGAUCGGCAUCUGCGUGUCGACAGCGUCGCGCAUCCCGCGAAGAUCGACAACAAGCGGUGUGUUUUCGUUGGUAACCUGGACUUCAUUGAUAAUGAGGCCAAACCUGACGAUGAGAAGAAAAAGAAGAAGCGGGCUCCCGCAGAUGUGGAAGAGGGUCUUUGGAGGGUGUUCAAUGCUCACACUGGUGGUUCGAAGAAAGAUGGUUCAGGCAAAGGCAGCGUUGAGUCGGUUCGAGUCGUCCGCGACUCUGCCACGCGUGUCGGCAAAGGCUUCGCUUAUGUUCAGUUCUAUGAUCAAAACUGCGUCGAGGAAGCCCUUUUGUUGGAAGGGAAACAAUACCCACCCAUGCUCCCACGAAAGCUCCGUGUGUCUCGAGCCAAGAAGGUCAUGAAGAAGCGCGAUGAGGGCGGCAGCAAGCAAGGGCAGGCUCUGGGAGUCGCGGACAAGACACUUCAGGGUCGUGCCGGAAAGCUCUUCGGUAGAGCCGGUGCAGCCAAGGUUAAGGCUGCGGGAAAGACCUCCAUCUCGCAGAAUUCGUUGGUCUUUGAAGGACAGCGAGCCACGGAAGGAGCAUCGCGCAUCCGAGUCAAGACGAAGAGUCGCGGAUCGAAGGCCAAGCGCAACAGUCGGAGUAGCAAGCGUGCUGCAGCAUAUAAGGCUGCUGGCGGCAAGAAAGGCAAGAUGGGCCAGUAGAUGCCGAGGAACUGGGGGUUUAGUGUAAGGCGCGUUUCAUGUAUGUAAUUUACCAUUCACCGGAUGGCCACGAGGAAUUCAGGAGUUGCGUAAAAGCACAAUUGGAUGUGGAGAC